GGCUGCUACGGUCAUACUUCACAUUCUUCAGUGGAAAUCGCAUCCCAACCCGCAGGAAAACAAGGAAUAACUAUGAACCGCUACGCGGUAAGCUCGCUGGUGGGGCAAGGAUCCUUCGGAUGCGUCUACAAGGCGACGCGCAAGGACGACAGCAAGGUGGUGGCCAUCAAAGUGAUCUCCAAGCGCGGAAGAGCCACAAAAGAGCUGAAGAAUCUGCGCAGAGAGUGCGACAUCCAGGCCAGACUAAAGCAUCCGCACGUCAUCGAGAUGAUUGAGUCCUUCGAGUCGAAGACGGACCUAUUCGUGGUCACCGAGUUCGCGCUGAUGGAUCUGCACCGCUACCUCUCCUACAAUGGAGCCAUGGGCGAAGAGCCGGCACGUCGCGUGACCGGACAUCUGGUGUCCGCUCUGUAUUACCUGCAUUCUAACCGCAUCCUGCACCGGGAUCUCAAGCCGCAAAACGUGCUGCUGGACAAGAACAUGCACGCGAAGCUCUGCGACUUUGGUCUGGCCCGCAACAUGACCCUGGGCACCCAUGUGCUCACCUCGAUCAAGGGAACGCCCCUCUACAUGGCACCGGAGCUGCUGGCGGAGCAGCCGUACGACCACCAUGCGGAUAUGUGGUCACUGGGCUGCAUAGCCUACGAGAGCAUGGCCGGCCAGCCGCCCUUCUGCGCCAGCUCCAUCCUGCAUCUGGUGAAGAUGAUCAAACACGAGGACGUCAAGUGGCCCAGCACGCUGACCAGCGAGUGCCGCUCCUUCCUACAGGGCCUGCUUGAGAAGGACCCCGGCUUGCGCAUUUCCUGGACGCAGCUGUUGUGCCAUCCCUUCGUUGAGGGACGCAUCUUUAUUGCAGAAACGCAGGCGGAGGCGGCCAAGGAAUCGCCUUUCACAAAUCCCGAAGCGAAGGUAAAGUCGUCCAAGCAGUCCGAUCAGGAGGCAGGUGAUUUGGACGAGGCCUUGGCCGCUUUGAACUUUGGCGAGCCGCGACAGGAAAACUUGAGCACCUCCCGCGACAGCAUCAACGCCAUUGCACCCAGUGAUGUGGAGCAUCUUGAGACAGAUGUCGAGGACAACAUGCAACGCGUGGUCGUUCCGUUCGCAGACUUAUCCUACAGGGAUCUGUCCGGUGUUCGGGCAAUGCCGGUGGUACACCAGCCGCUGAUCAACUCGCACACUUGCUUCGUCAGCGGCAACUCCAACAUGAUCCUCAACCACAUGAACGACAACUUCGACUUUCAGCCACCCUUGCGAGACGGAGGCGUGACAGCUAAGCCCAUAGUCGUUCCAACUGUACGCCAGUCGCGGAGCAAGGAUCUAGAGAAGCGUAAGCUCAGUCAGAAUCUGGAAAACUUCUCCGUUCGUUUGGGUCACACUGUCGACAAUGAGACACAACGCAAGCCCACGGAGAUUGCCACACAGGAGAAGUCUAACCAGGAAAAUAAGCCUCCAGCUGAAUCGAUUUCCAAAGCAAAUGCUCAGCCGCCGGAGCAACAGGCACAACAACUAAAGCACUCAAUGCAUUCCACCAAUGAGGAAAAGCUGAGCAGCGACAAUACUCCACCGUGCUUGCUCCCAGGGUGGGAUAGUUGCGAUGAAUCCCAAAGUCCGCCCAUCGAGAACGACGAGUGGCUAGCCUUCUUGAACCGUUCGGUGCAGGAGCUGCUCGACGGCGAACUUGACUCGUUGAAGCAGCACAACCUGGUGAGCAUUAUUGUGGCACCGCUGCGCAACUCCAAGGCCAUUCCACGGGUGCUCAAGAGUGUGGCCCAGUUGUUGUCGCUGCCCUUUGUGCUGGUGGAUCCAGUCCUGAUUGUUGAUCUCGAGCUGAUCCGCAACGUGUACGUGGAUGUAAAGCUGGUUCCCAAUCUCAUGUACGCCUGCAAGCUGCUCCUGUCGCACAAGCAACUCUCGGACUCUGCCGCCUCCGCCCCACUCACCAUGGGUUCGCUCAGUCGAACGCUGCGCAGCAUCCCAGAGCUGACUGUGGAGGAGCUGGAGACUGCUUGCAGUCUGUACGAACUGGUCUGCCACUUGGUACACCUGCAGCAGCAGUUCCUCACUCAGUUCUGCGAUGCGGUGGCCAUUCUGGCAGCAAGCGAUCUGUUCCUAAACUUCCUCACCCACGACUUCAGGCAAUCGGAUUCGGACUCCGCCUCUGUUCGCCUGGCUGGCUGCAUGUUGGCCCUGAUGGGCUGUGUGCUGCGCGAACUGCCCGAGAACGCCGAGCUGGUAGAGCGGAUUGUGUUUAGUCCGCGGCUAAACUUCGUCUCGCUCCUGCAGAGCCGGCACCACCUGUUGCGGCAACGUUCUUGCCAGCUCCUGCGCCUGCUGGCCCGCUUCAGCUUGCGCGGCGUGCAGCGCAUCUGGAAUGGGGAGCUGCGAUUUGCGCUGCAGCAACUGUCUGAGCACCACUCGUAUCCGGCACUCCGAGGGGAGGCCGCCCAGACCCUCGACGAGAUCAGUCACUUCACGUUUUUCGUCACCUAGCCGGCACUUUCUUUUAUUGGCCUCAGGCGUCUCUAUCCGAGCAGAUCCUGAAUGUUGCCCUGGAAGUAGCCGAUCAGCUCGUCGAUGUAGUUCCCAAAGCGGUCGAAGUUAAGUAGGUAGUCCUCGCUGCAGUCCUGCUCGUACAUCUCGUUUAGCUUGGACACAUCCUUGUCGGAGAGGCCGCGUCUCUGGCCCAGCGAGGCGUACGGGUCCUGGAAGCAACGGAAAGGAAGAGUCAGAGUCCUCAACUACUAACAAGUCAUUUUCAAACAUCUCAUCACUUUAACUAUAACCGCUAAGGUUUAGUCAGCCAUUCAGCUAAGGCAUUUUCUUUAGGAAUACAUCCAACUGAACAAGGAAGCAAAAAGCUUCAUCUACUCCUAGUUAUACGUUAUUGGACCACGUGUUAAUAUAGGUAUUCCUAAUCCGAUAAUGAUCAAAUCACUAUUACUAUCGCAUUUAAAUAUUUGGUGAGCCAUGAUUUUUUGCAUUCGUAAUGAAUUAUAGUUAAGUGAUAGCUGUUUUUGAACGCACAUGAUCAAGUAGAAUAGAGCCAGUGUUUGAUGUGCAGAAUUAGAUUGUUAGAAUAGUAGUUUGUAUCUCGAAAUAUAACCAUUAAGAGUAGUAGGUGUUAAGAGCAUAGUCGGUUUAUAGCAAGUGAAUUCACUGUAUGUCUAUACUAUACGUCCGAUAGUUCGCAGUAUUACAAUUGAAUGUUACACUGAACUUAUUUACCAUGUAAGCGAUUUAAAAGAACAU